AUGUUAAAAUUAUGUUCACAGUUUCUAAUAGAUCUUUUCAAAGUCCAAUCUCAAGCUGAACAACAAAUAAUAAAUGAGAAAGUCAAAGUUGAACAAAUUCCAAGACAAAUAAUAAUAGCACAAGACGCUCAUCCUUUAUUACCAACGGAAUGUAUGCAACAAAUAUUUAAAUAUGUCAAUGUUCAAGAAAAUGGACUUUAUUCCUGUCUUUUCGUUAAUAAAUAUUGGUGUAAAAAUGUACUUCCAUUACUUUGGGCUUCCCCUUUUCGAAAUUCAUAUAUUAUAGGUUGUUGGGCAACCGUAAAUUCAUAUUCAAAGAGCACCCUAUCUAAAGAGGCCCUUAGGCAACUUAAUAAAUACAAAUUUAUAGAAACUUGUAUUUCUUGCUUGGAUAAUCAAGAAUUUUCUUACCUAAAUUCUUUAUUUCAAAAUUACUAUUCAAUUAACCUCUCAUCCGGAAAGAAACCUUUAAUUAAUUAUCCUAGUUUUUUACAAGAACUUUUUUAUGACGACUUUGAGAGUACAAUUCAUUCAUAUUUAAUGAACAAAUUUGGAGUUAAGUAUAAAGAACAACAAGUUCUUGUCAUUGCAACUUAUUUAAUGAAAUUAUUUCUUUCUGAAUCAACGAAUCUUCGAAUAAUAAACUUUAAUAGACAUCAAAAUUUUCAUAAAUUAGAUAUGCCCAAUUUAUUACUAGGAAAAAAAUCAACAAAAAAUUCCUUCUUAACGUUAGAUAGGUUGGUCAAAUUUCAAAUUAAUCAUAAUCGUUCCAUACUUACGCAAAGUACAAUUAAUCUAUUAAAAUUAAUCUCAAUUAGUUGCAAGAAUAUUCAUUAUUUGGAUUUUAAAUUUAAACAUCAUGAAUAUAAUGAUAUCAUCUUACUAUUAAUUAUAGAAAUUAUUAAAUCACAAAAACAUAUUUCGGAAUUUAAUAUCUCCAAUCUUAAAAAUAAUUUCGAGAUCAUUUUAUCCAACUUAUUAUUAUUACACAAGAAUACUUUGGUUUCGAUGAGGUUGGAAGGUGUAUAUAUUUCUGAAAAUUCUGUAGAUAUGCUGAAACAAUUUGGAAAUAUUAGAAAGAUUAAAUUACUUCACUGUAAUAAACUUACUAGUGAAGUUUUACCUGAUUAUUCAGAAUAUAUCGCAAAGUUAAAAUAUUUAUAUUAUUAUAAUAAAAAAUAA